CUGGCGGUGGGCGCUGUUGGGUGCCGCCCGCUCGGUGCGGGGCUGCGGGGAAGGGAGCCCGGCGGGCUGGCGCUCCCCGUGCGCCCCCGCUCUUCAUGGCCCGGCUCCGUGCGGGGCCGGGGAGCCGCUCCCCCCGCGGGGCCCCCGCUGCUGCCUGGAGCUCCGCCGGCUGAGCUGGGGCUCCUCCGUCGGCGGGGCUCCCCGGGGCUGCGCUGGGUUCCUGGGAGGGCCUGGUGCUGCCGGGGCUUUCCCGGGCGGGGGGUCCGGCUGAAGGACCCCGUUGGUGUUCUCCUUCCCUUGGUGUUUGCGUGUGGGUCUGGGAGUUUCUGGUGCAGCAGCUGCAGUGGGUUUUGGGUGCUGUCUUGACCCCCCCCUUGGCCAGACGUGCAGGGCUCGGUCAGGUAAGUGGGUAGGGGGGAAUCUGAACUGCAGGAAAACUGUGUGUUUUCCUCCCGGAUCUGCCUCGCUCCCUCCCUUGCCCUCACCUGAGUCUUUCUCUGAAGCACCCACAGGAGCCUUUUUGCACCCUUUGUCUCACCGGGAUCAUGGAGUUUCCAUCCCCAAAGGCUGAAGGUCUCGUCCCUGCCCCAGCCUGGGGUGCUGGGGCUGUGGGUGGUGGUGUCCAGCUGCUGUGGUGAGCGGAGGGGGGCUCAGCAGAGGUGUUGGGGGGACCCUGGACCCUCCCCCGGCAAUCCCAGGCCAGGGCCCCUGCUGGGGUUGCCCCCAGCUGGCGAGUGCUUUGUGCCCUGUCUGGAAGGGUGUGCGCAGGGUGGUGGGGAGGGUGCUGGCACAGCUGGGGCCAAGGGAUGGCAGGAGUGCGAGUUCCUUGCUUACCUUUCGUACCCAGGCAGGUCUCUGUUAAUAAAGAGACUUAUUUCAUCGCGAUCCACUCUGUCGCGUUCUCUGCCAUCCCCUAACAUGGUGAUCGGAGCAGGGGUGGUAGAACUGGAUCCAAGCCUUGGCUUGAAACAGGCAAGAUCCUGCUUGUCUUGAGCAAAGUGGUUUCACUUUUCAGAGUGCCAUGGGGGAGAGGAACGUAAUCUGCUCCAGCGAUGGGAAUGUGGAGGAGCCCCUGAGUCCCCAGGAUGGAGGGGCAUCCCCCAAUCCAGAGGUGCCUGGGGCUACAGGCAGAAGGAUACUCAGAAGAGUCGUGGCAGGAAGAUGUGGAGGGGAUCCAGCUGUGCCUGCGGCUCUGGUGCUGGCCUGUCCCGAUGACUGGGUCGGGUACCACAAUGUCUGCUACUCCUUCUCGAGGGAUGUGGGGAGCUGGGAGUGGAGCCAGGAGGAGUGCUCCUCGCAUGGGGCCUCGCUGGCCAUGCCCCGGAGGGAGGGGGAGAUGGAGUUCCUCUGGAGUCAGAAGGCCCAUGUUGAUUGCUGGCUUGGGCUGCGGAGACGGGGCGAGCGCCUGCAGUGGGUGGAUGGCAGCAGCUUCAACCAGAGAGGCUGGCGCUCACCCUCGCAGACCUCUACCUUGGAGGGGGAGCUCGCGGAGUUGGAGGCGAGCGACAGACCUGCGCGAAACCGGCUUGGCCGACGGCUGGAUCGACACCCGCGGAGCCCGAGGCACGGCUGGGCGCUCCUCUCCCGCGAUGGCUGAGGAAAUCACUUACGCCGACCUGGCUAUCGGUCCCGGGAACCGCCGCAGGGACCUGCAUUCGCUCCCUCAGCCUGGCGCAUCGGGCUGUCCCCAGUGGCACCGAACCGCGCUCUGGACCGGCUGGACUGGGAACCUCCUCCUCGGAGUGGCCGUGGUGGCGAUGGGAUGCUCGCUUCUCCACCAGCAGUCGGAGAACCCAGGAAGCUGCAAGAACGUGAGCAGGAACGUAGGAGAUGGCAACAUCACCCUGCAGAACGUCUGCUCGGAGCUGAGGGAAGCUCUCUGCUCGUCAAAGCCACAAGAGGGCGAGGGGUGCAAGCUGUGCCCCAUGAACUGGACGCUGCGUGGGACCAAGUGCUAUUGGGUGUCCGGUGGGAUCAACCCUUGGAACGUCAGCCGGGAGGACUGUGCGAAUCGAGGUGCCGAGCUGCUGCUGCCGGAGGACCAGGAUGAGCUGGAUUUCCUAAAUAAAACCCUCCAGAAACCCGCCGGCUACUUCUGGAUCGGCCUCUACGCCGGGAAGGGCUGGACCUGGCUGAACGGCUCCCGCCUGGACCCGAGCCGGUUCCAGCUGAGCCCCCGGGCUGAAGGCGGCUCUUGCGGGGUGAUCAAGGAGGGCAGGAUCAGCUCCGACAGCUGUGUCUCGACGUUGCGGUGGAUCUGCCAGAAAAAAGCCACCCAGCUCUGAGCCGGGCUGCGGCCGGGAGAGACCCUCGGGGAUGGGGCGGGAUCGGGCCCCCUGCGGGGUGACGCGGGAGCCGGUGGUGAUGAUGAUGAUGUGCGACGACCGUCUGCGCUAAUUGAUAACGGCGUUAUCUGGGCUCCGCGUGGUGUUUUCAAGGAAGUUUGGGAACGGGGAGGGCUGGAAGGAGCAUCCUUCUGUCCUGCUGGUGUGCGCACGCUGGCCCCGUAGCCCUGGCCCCCGGCCCUGCCUCCGGGGUGAGGGGGGCUCAGGGCACCCCCAUCCCACCCCCUUCGGGCUUCCUGCCCCUGCCUGUGACCCCCUCAACCUUCCUCCCGUGCCCUCCUCAUCCUCAGGUCCCGCUCUCGCCCCGGGCCCAGCACAACUCGCCCGGGAAGGGAGCCGGAGGGGCAGGGGAGGAGACGGGUGUUGGUGGGCACGGUGCCGGCAGCGGGGUUGCGAAGGCAGUGAGGAAGCGCAGCGGGUUAAAAA